AUGGAAUCUGAGGCAUUCGAAGACAUCCAGAAGGGUGCCGACCCCUUGCGCACAGUCAAGGACUUGGCUGCUGGUGCUGCCGGUGGAAUGGCACAGGUUCUCCUGGACAUUGUCAAGGUGCGCCUGCAAACCACCACUCAGUACAAGAGUGCGGCGGAAGCCGCAACAAAGAUCCUCAAGAAUGAGGGAGCUGCAGCUUUCUACAAGGGAACCCUGACACCUUUGAUCGGAAUUGGUGCUUGCGUCAGUGUGCAAUUCGGAGCGUUCCACCAGGCACGUCGCAAGUUGGAGGAGCUUAACAAGAAGAAAUAUGCCGACGGAUCUCUAUCAUAUGGACAAUACUUUAUGGCCGGUUCGUUCGCCGGUGUCACAAACUCUGUUCUAUCUGGUCCCAUCGAGCACGUCCGUAUUCGUCUGCAGGCUCAGCCCCACGGCGCUGGACGCCUAUACGACGGUCCUAUUGAUUGCGUGAAGAAGCUCUCUGCGCACCAAGGUGCCCUGCGUGGUCUAUACCGUGGACAGGCAGUGACUAUUCUGCGCGAGGCCCAGGCCUACGGUGCCUGGUUCAUGGCAUUUGAGUACAUGAUGAACAAGGAUGCUCAGCGCAACAACAUGAAGCGCGAAGACAUCUCCGCUGUCAAGGUUGCUGGUUAUGGUGGUCUUGCUGGUGAGGUUCUGUGGUUGUCCAGCUAUCCGUUUGAUGUUAUCAAGAGUAAGAUGCAGACCGAUGGUUUCGGCGCAAACCAGAAGUUCUCCAGCAUGCGUGACUGCUUUAAGAAGACAUACGCUGUUGAAGGUCUCGGUGGGUUCUGGAAGGGUAUUUUCCCAACUUUGCUGAGAGCUAUGCCUGUCUCAGCUGGUACUUUCGUUGUUGUCGAGCUUGCCAUGAAGGCUCUCGGUUAA